ACACUCUUCAAAAAGAAUCCAAAAGAGCCACAUUACUAACUUAAUUUGCUUAUUAUGAAAAUACCCACUAAGAGCACAUUUUGCUCUCUCAUUCAUGCCUUGAGUUUAGCUACUUUUUUUCUUUCUCCUAUUUUUUCUAAAUUACUCUCUAAGGACCAAUUUCAAGAGCAACAAAGGGAUAGGAUCAUCAAGCUACCAGGGCAACCACCAAAUGUGUAUUUUCACCAAUAUUCCGGCUACAUUACUGUGGACCCGUCGGCAGGCCGGGCCCUGUUUUACUGGUUGAUCGAGGCACCGAAGAUGGUCCGGCCCGAGUCCAAGCCAUUGGUCUUGUGGCUCAAUGGUGGUCCUGGUUGCUCGUCUGUGGCCUAUGGUGCUUCCGAAGAGGUUGGCCCGUUUCGAGUCCGCCCCGAUGGGAAAACUCUCUAUUUAAACCCUUAUGCUUGGAACAAAGUGGCGAAUUUGCUGUUUCUUGAUUCUCCAGCAGGAGUUGGAUUUUCUUAUUCAAAUACUUCAUCAGAUUUAUAUACAGUUGGUGACAAGAGAACUGCUAAAGAUGCUUACACAUUUGUGAUAAACUGGUUAAAAAGGUUCCCUCAAUACAAGCAUAGGCCAUUGUACAUUGCUGGAGAAAGCUAUGCAGGCCAUUACAUCCCUGAAUUGUCACAAAUUAUUGUACAGAAAAAUAAGGGAGUCAAGAAUCCUGUCAUUAACUUUCAAGGUUUCUUGUUAGGGAAUCCACUAAUUGACGAUCAUUAUGAUAACAUUGGGACACAUGAAUAUUGGUGGAACCAUGGAUUGAUAUCAGAUUCAACAUAUGAAGAAUUGCAAAAAUCAUGCAUAAAUGACACCUUUUUAUUUCCUAAAAAUGAAUGUUACAAUGCUUUGGAUGAAGCUUAUUCUGAGUUUGGAAAUAUCAAUCCUUAUAGCAUUUAUAGCCCUCCUUGCUAUCAAACUCCCACUCCUGCACACAAUCUCAACUCUUCUUUGCCAUGGAAAUUCAGAGGGAAUGAUGAAUGUGUGGUGAUGAAUACAAAAAUAUAUAUGAAUCUUCCUGAGGUGCAAAAAGCUCUUCAUGCCAAUAUUACUCAUAUUCCUCAUCCUUGGGUUACUUGCAGUUCUGUAAUUAGAGGUAAUUGGAGCGAUUCUCCUAAAUCCAUGUUGCCAAUCUUCAAAGAACUAAUAGCAGCUGGAAUUAGAAUAUGGGUGUUCAGUGGUGAUACAGAUGCAGUUUUACCUUUGACUGCAACUAGAUACUCCAUUAAUGAACUAAAUCUCAGCAUCAACACAAACUGGUACGCUUGGUAUGAUGAACAUCAACAGGUUGGUGGAUGGAGCCAAGUUUACAAGGGAUUAACAUAUGUGACAGUGAGGGGAGCAGGGCAUGAAGUUCCUUUGACGCAGCCUCAACUUGCUUUAUUUCUAUUUAAGCAAUUUUUGCUGAAUCAGCCUAUGCCUGCUGCAUUUUGGCCUUAGACAAUAAUUCACUUUAUUUUAUUUUUCUCUAAAUUUUUCUUCUAUUUUAUUUAUAUAAGACUUUUUCUUUAUUUUCUUAAUUUCCAAUUCAAAUUAGUACUUUUAAUGUAAGUGUCAUUGAAAUAAUUAAGUUUAACAAAAAUCAAUAUGAAAAUGAGUUUGAUUGUC